AGAUAUUAGCAAAGUAUUUUAAGGUUUAUUGAUAAUCAGAUCUAUAUCAUGUAAUAAUAGUAAUAAUACAAUGGCCAAAUUAUGAGUUCAUUAAUGUGCAAGAGUCUUUUAUGAUCGUUUGAUAAGUGUUUAAGAUAAACUUUGGUAUUAGAAUACAGAAGGUGAAUUAUUCAUUAGGUUAAGUAUAAUUAUGAAUUAUUGAAUCUGUACUUUAGUGUUAAUAAGGAUGAUAUAUGGCAGAAUUUUAUCUUGUUUACAAAUCAUAUAUAUAAUCUUAAUAAUAAUGGCAAAAAAAUGAAAUUUACACAUCUAUACAAAACCUAAAUCAUAUUUAGAUUAAAUAUAACUUUAUGCUUAUUUAUUAAUUUAAAAAUAAUAAGAACAUGGAUUGGUUUAAAUAAAAUUAGCUGAUUGAUUGUAUAAAUUAUUCAAGGCUAAUGAGACAGCGGCAAUUUUAAAAGUUGAAAUGCAAGAGAUAAAACCAUAAUUAAUUGAAUAAUCUGGAGUAUUGUAAAUACAUUCUAGAAAAUACAAGAUUCCAAUUAAUAAACUUAAUUUCAAAUUUAAAGUGUUGGAUAUAGAAUAAGAUAGAAUCAGAGAUGAAAUUAAAGAUGGAGUAUAUGUAUAUGGUCUUUAUUUGGAAGAAGCGCAAUUGGAUUAUUAACAUGAAAACUUUAAUUGAAUAAUAAGUAGGUUAAAUUUAUUAAUCUCUGUCAUGAUGUAUUUCUAACCAAUCGAGGAAUAAUAGAUUGGUGAAGAAUAUUAUAAGUAAUAUUAUGUAAUCAAUAUUUACUUGCCCUUGUUAUAAAACUUCAAAUAUCUCUCAACUACAGGUUAAUCUACAAAUUUCGUUUUAAUAAUUGAAAUAUAUAUUUAUAUUCUAGGAUUUGAUGAGUAAUAAAUAGAAACUAGAGUAUUGAACCUUAAGAGGAGC